ACUAAAUGCUUUCAUUGAUUACCUCGAAGGGGCACACAGGGGCACGGCACCGUCUCGAACAUCAAGCCGACCUAAAGUGUAAAAGGACCAUAAAAGAACGCAACUUGACCUCCAUAUCAAAUUCAUAAGUCUCAAAUCAUCCGACCCAAGAUGUCUUCAGCGAAAGAGGAAAGUAUUAAAUCCGUUAUUGACCCCGCGACGGGCGAGUUCAAGAGACCUGCAGCUCAAUUCCGGAAUUUCAUCUCCUCCGAACCUGGUGCCGAGUUUCCACCAGAGAAGGGGAGAUAUCAUCUCUAUGUAUCUUAUGCUUGUCCCUGGGCCCAUAGAACUUUGAUCGUACAAAAACUCAAAGGGCUAGAGGAUAUUAUUAGCUUUACCUCUGUGCAUUGGUAUAUGGAUUUGGGUGGCGUCAGCUGGCGUUUCGUAACUCUUGACGAGAAUCUUCCAGGAGAGAAUGUUGUUCCUGAUCCUAUCAACGGCGUCCAAAACAUUCGCGAACUUUACUUACUGGCGGAUCCAAACUAUUCGGGUCGAUUUUCAGUCCCCGUGCUGUGGGACAAGAAGCUCAAGACGAUUGUCAACAAUGAGUCAAGUGAAAUCAUACGGAUGCUCAAUACGGAGUUUGAUGGCUUACUUGGCGAGGAGUUUAGAGGUGUCAAUAUUGUUCCACAGGGACUCAGAGAGAAGAUUGAUGAAACGAAUGCGUGGAUUUAUGAUGAUCUUAAUAACGGCGUUUAUAAAUCAGGAAUUGCAAAAACGCAAGAAGCAUAUGAGAAGGCUGUCACUGCAGUCUUCAAUUCUCUGGAUCGCAUUGAAGAUCUUUUGCAGCACACAUCAGAGCCAUACCUUCUAGGCUCCCAACUCACAGAAGUCGAUGUUCGCCUUUACCCCACAAUCGUACGCUUCGACAUAGUCUAUGUCACGUUGUUCAAAACAAACCUGAAGACGAUCAGAGAUGGAUAUCCGAAUAUCCAUCGAUGGCUGCAACAUCUUUACUGGGACAUCCCAGCUUUCAACGAGACGACAAACGUUGAGCAUAUCAAGAAGCACUAUUUCAAGAGUCUUACUCCGAUAAACCCAGAUGGAAAUGUGCCGCUAGGUCCGUUGCCGGACAUCCGCGAGAAGUAGCUGGACGAGUGCUUGUAUGUACAGCCAAUAUGAAAUGGCCUAUAUUACUUUAACCUAGU